AUGAUGAACUUCCUGAGGCGCCGGCUGUCGGACAGCAGCUUCAUCGCCAACCUGCCCAAUGGCUACAUGACCGACCUGCAGCGGCCCGAGCCCCAGCAGCCGCCGCCGCCGCCCCCAGGUCCGGGCGCGGCCUCGGCCUCCUCGGCGCCCCCGGCCGUCUCGCCGGGCCCCGAGCGGAGGCCGCCGCCGGCCCCGGCCCCGGCGCCCGCGUCGCAUCCCGCGCCGCAGGCGGCCGCGGCGCCAUCGGUGGGCAGCAGUUUCUUCAGCUCUCUGUCCCAAGCCGUGAAGCAGACGGCAGCCUCGGCCGGCCUGGUGGACGCGCCCGCGCCCGCGCCCGCCGCCGCCAGGAAGGCCAAGGUGCUGCUGGUCGUCGACGAGCCGCACACCGACUGGGCCAAGUGCUUCCGGGGUAAAAAAGUCCUUGGAGAUUAUGACAUCAAAGUGGAACAGGCGGAAUUUUCAGAGCUUAACCUGGUGGCCCAUGCAGAUGGGACCUAUGCUGUGGAUAUGCAGGUCCUCCGGAAUGGCACAAAAGUUGUCCGGUCCUUCCGGCCAGACUUUGUGCUUAUCCGGCAGCAUGCAUUCGGCAUGGCAGAGAAUGAGGACUUCCGCCACCUUGUCAUUGGCAUGCAGUACGCAGGCCUCCCCAGCAUCAACUCACUGGAAUCCAUUUACAACUUCUGUGACAAGCCAUGGGUGUUUGCCCAGCUGGUGGCCAUCUACAAGACAUUGGGAGGAGAAAAGUUCCCACUCAUUGAGCAGACAUACUACCCCAACCAUAAAGAGAUGCUGACACUGCCCACAUUCCCUGUGGUGGUGAAGAUUGGCCAUGCUCACUCAGGCAUGGGCAAGGUCAAAGUGGAAAACCACUACGACUUCCAGGACAUUGCUAGUGUGGUGGCCCUCACCCAGACAUAUGCCACAGCAGAGCCUUUUAUUGACGCCAAGUAUGACAUCCGGGUCCAGAAGAUAGGCAACAACUACAAGGCUUAUAUGAGGACUUCGAUCUCAGGGAACUGGAAGACAAACACUGGCUCUGCAAUGCUGGAGCAGAUCGCCAUGUCAGACAGGUACAAGCUGUGGGUAGACACCUGCUCUGAGAUGUUUGGUGGCCUGGACAUCUGUGCUGUCAAAGCUGUACAUGGCAAAGAUGGGAAAGACUACAUUUUUGAGGUCAUGGACUGCAGUAUGCCACUGAUUGGUGAACACCAGGUGGAGGACAGACAACUUAUCACUGAACUAGUCAUUAGCAAGAUGAACCAGCUGCUGUCCAGGACCCCUGUCCUGUCCCCUCAGAGACCCUUAACCACCCAGCAGCCACAGAGUGGAACACUUAAGGAUCCGGACUUGAGCAAGACCCCACCUCAGCGGCCAGCCCCCCAAGGGGGCCCUGGGCAACCCCAAGGAAUGCAGCCCCCAGGCAAGGUGAUGCCUCCACGCCGACCUCCCCCUGGACCAUCACUACCACCUUCCUCCUCUUCCUCCUCCUCCUCUUCUUCCUCCACCACCCACGGAGAUGCACCCUCCAGCAGCAGCUCCCUGGCAGAGGCCCAGCCACCCCUGGCUGCUCCACCACAGAAGCCCCAGCCUCACCCACAGCUCAACAAGUCGCAGUCCCUGACAAAUGCCUUCAGCUUCUCUGAGUCCUCCUUCUUCCGGUCUUCAGCCAAUGAGGAUGAAGCCAAAGCGGAGACCAUCCGGAGCUUGAGGAAGUCCUUUGCCAGCCUCUUUUCAGAUUAGCUCU